GGCCGCGCCGUGCCCGCGGAGCGGGGUGCUCGAGGCGGUUUCCGGGGACUGGGCGGCCUGGAUCCCUCUGGGACCGAAGGUCUUAAAGACUGACAGUUUCCAGAGAAAGGCGGCUCUUAGUCGCAAGCUCCCGUCGCGAAAGUAAAGGGAUCCAUGCAAACCGAGGCCCGGAAGAGACAGCCUGGCGGCUACGGGCUGCCGCGAGGUCCAAGCCCCGUGGUUAGGCGUUCCUGCUCCGGGCGCAAUUCUCGCCCGGCGGUCCGGAGCCCGCGGCGGCGUCCCUGAGCCAGCUUUCGGUGUGGCCUGUGCGGUGUGCGGGGAUGAGAGCUCGGAACGGGGGUUGAUGGAGGAGCGGGAGUGACAGUGAAACGACCGAGCCAGAAAGCACGUGGGGAGAGGGGACAGCGCCAUUGGAGGCCUGAUUUCUGGUCCGCUGAACCGGUGGUUUCUCCCUGAGGGACCUGGAAACCAGCAUCCCAGCGACGCCUUGCAGAUGCUGAGUCCUAAGGUUUUCGAAGCCUCCUCCUGAAACUUAGAUGAGAGUCAUUGCUUCCCAUUCAAGGGAGGGGCAGGGAUAUGAUUCUGGGGCAACCGCCUUGGUAACAGAAUCACUUGCAUUGCUAUCAAUUCUCCAAAAGCUACAAUAUAAAGAGGUUGAAGCAAAGAAAAAAAAAAAAAAUCCGGAGAACCGGAUAACCCAAGGGCGUGCAAGACAAUGCCUCUUUCUGCAUUGAGGACACCCAAUAAUCUUGACUCAUUGCAAAGUAUUUCACACGAAAAUGAAGAGUAGAGGGGGAGCUUCAGAGAUCUCUUGCGGCACAGCAAAUUAAGGGUCCAGCAUUGUCGCUGUUGCGGCUCAGGUCUCUGCUAUGGCGCAGCUUUGAUCCCUGGGCUGGGACCUGUCCAUGCCUCAGGUGCCGCCAAAAUAAAUAAAUAAAGCGGAGCCUCCAUUCAACCACGUGAAAAGAUGCUCAGCGUCAUUGAAAGUAAAAGGAAUGAAUGCAAAUUUAAAGGACAGAGAUCCCAUGUUUCACCUAGUGGGUUGGCAAAGAAAAGUCUGGUGAAUCUCUGGGUUGGCAAGGCAGACCAAGGUGGCGCCAUUGCCAUUUCAGCUCUCUGCCGAGCACGGCCGCAGUAGGAGCCCCAGAAAUGUAAGUGGACGCACCCCGUGACCCAGCAUCCCAUUCAGGGAUUCACCCCGCAGGUGGACUCGCCCACGUUCACAGCGGUGUUUGUGCUUGAGUAUUUUUGUUGAAGCAGCCACAUCGCCCUGUGUGUCAUCAGUAGAGUCAUAAAGUAUGUGCUUCUUACAGAGGGAACCCUGUGGGCACGGUGGCCUUCAAGGGAUAUUAAGACUAUUGUGUGAACUGUAUUUGUGUAGAAAAGACGAUUUGAGGGAUACGGAUGUUUCUGUGGACACAGGAUAUCCCUGGAAAACUAUGCAAGGAAUAGGUCUGUAACUUGACAGAUGUUUCAACCACGUAUCCAUUUUUAAAUACUUUACCACUAAAAUUAAAGAGACAACCCAGUUGAACAAUUUGCAGAACCCUUGAACAGCUAUUUCACAAGGAAGAGCCAAAACAUGAAAAAGUGCUGCUUUGCAUUAGCCAUCAGGGAAACGCCGACUUAAGCCGCAGUGAAAUACUAGUUACACACCUACCAGAAUGGCCCGUGUGAGACGACACCCCGCGUGGCAGGUGUAGGAAGUAAGCAGGACUGGCACCCACCUCACCGCUGGGGGCGGGAGGGUGAUGGUUAAGCCACCUGGACAACCACUAGGAGUGUCUGCUGAAGAUGGACCAAAAGACCUGUGCUAGAAUGUUCCCACAGGACACGGUACAGCCUUGUUCCUGGACAUCCAGCUUGUUUCCAGCGUGGGGCUAGAAUGAACGGAUAGUGGCAUACCUUUGCCACGAAAUACGAAGGAACACCGCAUCCUGAAAAAUCUCUCCCAAAGACUACACCCUAUACGAUUUCAUUUUAUUUUUUGGCUUUUUAGGGCCGCACCCACAGUCUAUGGAGGUUCCCAGGCUAGGGGUCGAAUCGGAGCUGUAGCCACAGCCACAGCCACAGCCACGCCAGAUCCAAGCCGUGUCUGUGACCUACACCACAGCUCACGGCAAUGCCAGAUCCUUAACCCACUGAGCGAGGCCAGGGAUCGAACCCGAAAUCUUAGGGUUCCUAGUUGGAUUGGUUUCCACUGCGCCACACGGGGACUCCAAUAUAAGAUUUUAUUAAUAAAAAGCUCCAAAUCAAGCACAAUUGAUCUUCAGGAUGGGAAGAAAGGGCAGGACAGUGGGUACCGCGGAGUGGGAUGGUAGCAUCCUAGUAAUACCCUUUUUCUUGCUCUGGGUGCUGGUUGUAUGGGUGUUCUCUUGGUAAGAACGCAUCCCCAACCUUGUUCCUGUAUGAUUUGCGGAGGAGAGACUUCCAAGGGUUGUACAGUAGAAAAUCAGAAAUUUCUUCAGAAGGGAGUUUGGCUGGUUUCUUAUUUUUUUCCAUCGAGUUUGUGGCGCUGAGCACAUCAGCGGGAUCAGGGGAGCCAGGAGGCUGAGACUCCACAGCCCCCGGUGUCUGACAAGGCACACGAAGUCUAACCCCCCCACGUGGUGUGAUGCAUUCCCGAUUGCUCUUCCCUGCGCCCCCUCUGUCCUGCUGUGGGCUGAGCCUGCUGGGCCUGUGCCCGGCGGGGGAGGUGUGUGGCUGGCAGAUACAAUGCAACCCAAACUGAGCGCCCAGCCCAGGGCUCUGUGCCCCUUGGAUAGCCAGCUUCUCGGGGCGCACCUUCCUGGCGCCCUAUCUGAAAUUCCACCCACUGCCAUUCCUGCAACGUGUCACGUCCCUCUCCUGCUUUGCCCCUUGUCACAAGUCACUAGCAGCCCCUGUCUUUCUCUUAUUUCUCCCCCCCCCCACACCCCGCCAUGCCACUCGAGCCUCAGGAAAGGCAGGAAUCUGGGGGCCUCGCUCACUGCCAGGACAUAGGCACUCCGUGGCUGCGCAUCCAACAGAUGAACAAGCUACGGUUGGCCCUUUUCUCAGAUGAAACGGGCCCGAGAGCCUUAAGUGCUGUGCUCAAGGUCCCGCCCUAGCAGGGGAGCCUCGCUGCCUCAUAGACACACUUUGCCCUCAGGUCCCCGUGAAACGGGCACCAUCCCUUAGUGUGGCUGAGAAGUCAGGCUCCGCGUUGAGUGACCUCCCCAGCGAGGCAGAGCGCAGCUCUCCUGUCUGGCUCUCCUGCUCUGGAUACCGUAACAUUGUCACCCUCUGAGGAGCCAGAGGCGUCCCUCACACCCCAGUCCACUACACCAGGUCCCCAGGGCUCAGGUGCCACGUGAGUGCUCUGCUUGCUGCUGCUGCUGCUGCUGCACCAUGCUUCCUGGCAGCAAGUCCCUGCCCCUCUGUGCUCUGGCUCCAAAAACCCAGCCCUUGUCUUUCUUCCACCCCAGCCUCCAGAUCCUUAGCUUAGACCUAUAGUGGUUCACUCAACAAGUAUUUAAUGAUGGCCUCUCGCCUUGGCACCCCCUUAGGUGCUGCUGACCCAACAAAGCAAAACCAAAGUCCCCGCCUGUCAGGGAGCGCAGAGACUCAUCAAACAGAUGCCUUAGGCCCGCCAGCCGCCCCAGAGGACUCCCGCGCGGGCCCGCAGCGCCCACGCACACGGCCGGCUCCCGCUGACUCACCUGGGAACCCCGUCCGCCGCCGCCACCACCACCACCACCCCUGCCGCCCGCCCGAGCCAUGGAGGCCCCCGAGGUCCCCGUGGGCUCGCUGAUCGACUUCGGGGCCGAGCCGUCCACCUCCUCGCCCCUGGAGGCGAUGCCCCCGAAGCUGCCCGACGGGGACAGCUCCCCGGGCGAGGGCGCGUCGGAGAGCGAGACCACGGAGUCGGCGGACAGCGAGAACGACCUGGGCGAGUCGCCCUCACACCCGGCCUGGGGCGGGUACCGCCGCUCCUCCUCCAACGAGUCCUUCUCCUCCAACCAGAGCGCCGACUCCGCCAAGGACGAGGAGCCGCGCGAGCUCCGGGAGUUCAUGCGCCACUACGUGGAGAAGAUCUUCUCCGGGGGGGAGGACUUGGACCAGGAGGAGAAGGCCAAGUUCGGGGAGCACUGCAGCAGUGAGAACGGCAAAGCCCGGGAAUGGUUUGCCCGGUACGUGAGCGCCCAGCGCUGCAACUCCAAGUGCGUCUCGGAGCCCACCUUCUACCGGCUGGUGCAGUCCUUUGCCGUGGUCCUGUUCGAGUGUCAUCAGAUGGAUGACUUCGCACCAGCCAAGAGUCUCAUGACCAUGUGUUUCACCUACUACUACAUCGGGAAGCCGCAGCUGCUCCCCUCGGAGGCCAAGGAGAAGCCGGCGGGGAGCAUCGACGCCUACUUGAGGUCGGCCAACAGCUGGCUGGCGGAGAAGAAGGACAUUGCCGAGCGGCUGCUGAAGAACACGUCGGCCAAGACGGAGAACGUCAAGGGCUUCUUCGGGCUGGAGACCAAGCCCAAGGGGCCCCUGGCCAGGAGAAGCGAGGAGGAAGAGGACAAGCCCCAGGAGAAGCCACCGGGGACAGUGACAGUUUGCAGCCCGGAGGAGGAGCGGAGGGGGCAGAAGAUCUACCUGUACACGCACCUGAAGCAGCAGCCCAUCUGGCACACGCUGAGGUUCUGGAACGCGGCCUUCUUCGACGCUGUCCACUGCGAGAGGAGAAAGCGGUCCCCCACCACCAGAGGGGAUGCUGGAGAGGAGGAGGAAAAGAGGGAGCGGUGGUGCCACAUGACCCAGGAGGAGCGGGACGACAGCCUGCGGUUCGACGAAAACAUCACCUUCGGGCAGCUGGGCACGUUCACGCACAACAUGCUGGCGUUCGGCCUGAACAAGAAGCUGUGCAAUGACUUUCUGAAGAAGCAGGCGGUGAUCGGCAACCUGGACGAGGAGCAGUACAAGCUGCUGAGCGACCACAUCGAGCAGAUGGCCGUUGAGUAGGGCGUGGGAGGUGGCCCGAGGCCCCCUAGGAGGCCUGCCCGGGCCCGCGGCUGGCUGUCACCCCACCCUGCAUGACAUCGGCAGCCCCCACAGCCGCUCCACGCCACCCUAGAACUAGCGGUUAAAGCACCUGGCCGCUUGUCCUCCCCGCCGCCCCUCAGCCUGCGUCUGCGCCCCACCCACGUGCCAAAGUGUCCCAGGGACUCUGCAGCUAAACUGAGGUGACUGUACCACCCCCGAGGGUCAGGCCUGUGACGCGGGACUGAGAAGUGGAAGAGGGCCGCCGGGUCCAGGAUGGGCCCUGUGUCCGUCGUAGCCUCACGCAGGCCAGGGUGGGGCGCACGGGGGAAGCUGGGCGAGGGCGGCUGUGACCCAGCACGCGCCAGUGACACAGGCGGUCCUGGGGACCAUCUGGAGCCCUCCCUGCAGGCAGGACGGGGUCACCCUUGCAGCCAGGGCUCCUGUCCCGUGGCAGCCGCUCAGGGCAGCGGGCCUCUGAGGGUCGGCCCAUGGCCAGUGGGCUCUUUCCCAGCCCCCUCUCCAUGCGGCAGGGCCUGCAGAGGAAGCUCGAGGAGGAGAGAGAUCCCCCUGCCGUCGGGAGGGAGGCCCUGGGCCAGGACAUGCUCCUGGUGGCAGAAGGCCUGGUCCCCGGUCCGGGGCCGAGUCAGAAUGUGGGGCGUCCCUGGUCAGCUGUCCGCUUGCUCCCGCCUGGGGCUGUCUGUCCCGCAGGAAGCACAGAAGAGACGUUUUUUCAGUGGCCUCAAGACAGCUGCCCUUUCUAAACACGAGCAGCCCUGCUCCUCAUCUCACGUGAGACAGAGGCGGCUGCGUCGCUGUGGCAGGUGGCCUGGCAGCGCCGCCCCUGGCAGCCACUGGGCGGGCCGGUCCGCGGGUGCUGGGAGCCUCGGCUGCCUUGGGGAGCGCGGCCCCAGCCCUGCGACCCUUUCCCGCCGACCCUGCAGUCCCCCCACCCACCCCGGGAACCGGGCUUUUCCCCUGGGUUUGUACCCACCCAGGCCCUGCAGCCUGACCAGAGCGCACAGCAUGCUGGCUGUCCCCGUGUGAAGGCUGCAGUCAGCCUGGUGCCCCCACUCCCUCCUGCCACUCGCUGACCUUGAAAUAGGCCCCUGGGCGCUGUCCUUCCGGCCCUGGCCCUGGGUCCUGGGUUCCCUCUCCUCCUCCGGCUGGCAGACAUGUGACACACACACCUGAUAGCCCGCCCUCCAGCCAGGGCUCCCAGGUGGUCCUCCCGGGGCCGCCUCCCUGGAACGUUCCAGAGAAGGCUGUGUGUUGAUUGUGCUGUGGACUGUACAUCUUGGCGAUCAUGAGAGAGGCGACAGGAAGCACGGCAGGACCCUGGUGUGCCGGUGUGAACUGUUCCACUAGGAGCGUGGGCUGGGGCUUCGUUGCUGUGUGUGCGUGUGUGUGCAUGGUCACCCUCUCUGGCCGUUAAACACAGCGCAGCCGUGUCACUGGUUUGCCUGUCCUGGGCAAGGCAGGGUCACGCAGGCUGCCGCGUGCCCACCCCGGGUCGGGCCCCGCGAUCACACGUGUCUCUACCAAGUGCAUUUUAGAGACCUAACGUCCAGUUCACGCGUGUGCGGGGCAGGCCCCUCCACUGCCUCCUGCAGACAGUGUGGCCCCUCCUGAGACAUUGGGGCAUGACCCCUGGGGUGCCGUGCUCCCUCCCCCCAGUCAGGGCCAUGCCCCGCGAGCACUGCGCCCAGGGCCCUCGCAGGGCUGGCCCCAGCUGUCCUCAGCUUCUGUGGUCAUUUCUUAGAGGUUAGUUGGAAUAUGCAUUAAGACUUCAUUCUAAGGUGCCCCAAAGACUUCCCUUGCAUAUAUAAGAUUUGUGUAUGGAAGUUUGAUCCGGCCCGAUUUCUGAAGGAGGAGUUCUGGGUCCUUCCAUGGGGUGCUGGGGAGCGGGGCCGCCUUCUCCCCGGGGUGGGCGGGAGGGCGCGGGGCCCUGGAAGGAAACACAGCUUUGCCUUCUUUGGCCUUCUGCACGCACGGUAACUUCAGCGUGGUCUUGGGACUCUUUUUCCACAUUGGCCUCCUGAAAUGGCAUUGAGAGUCGAAGCCAGUGGCGCUUUCCCUGGCCCUGUCCACCUCCAUCCCGCUCCUAAGAGUGGAAUGAGUCUGACCCCAGAGGUACCCCCGCUGCCCCGAGGGGAUGCUGCCGAGUGACCGCCGUCGAGGUGGUUCACAGCUGCUCCGCCGUCUCCUCCCGGCACCGCCUGUGGCCGAGCGUUCCACCUCGCGGCGUCUGGCCAGCGUACCUGGAGGAGACGCAGCGCCCCUGGAGAAGCCGGCAUCCUGCUUCGCUGAGGCCUCCUCGGUGACACCAUCCUCCCUCCAGCCGCAGCGGACGACCCGGGGCGCUCUCAGGCCCCCGCGUGCCAGGUGUCUCUCCGCCAUAUGCACAGGGUACAGGGUGCUGGUGGCCCUUUCAAGACCGCCGGAUGCAGGGCUGGAAGCCUCGGGUCACGUCCAGGAGGAGCGUCUCCAGCCCAGCAGGCUCGGCGUCCCGGCCCGGGAGCAUCGAUGGCUCUGUUAGCAGUGGCAUUUUGGGCUUCCUGCUGCGGCGGCCCUUUGGGCUCAGAGCUGAGCGAGCCCACAGCGGGCAGUUCCCCCACGUGAAAAGCACGCUGCCUUGGAACCGGGAUGGUGUUGCGACGUGGCUUUGUGGGUCUUCAGCCUUUGUACGGUUCUAGCGAUAUCGAUAGACAUGAAGGGGCCAUGGCCCAUUCAGAUGUUCAACCAAAGGCGGGAGACCCCAGCUCUGCUGUUAGGAAUUGUGUGUACGGUGGAGAAUAGACCGUGAUUUUCCCAUUGC